GUAAGUUUUAUAUUGAUCCUUACCAAAUUAUCCUGUUAAAAACAUGUUGUUAUGUUGCUUUUUAGGUACAUCUGCUAGUAGUCCAACUAUUGCUGGUCUAUUUAGUUUAAUUAAUAAUCGUCGGUUAAAGAAUGGUUUAAAAUUAUUAGGUUUUUUAAAUCCAUUAUUAUAUAAAUUAGCUAAAAAAUAUCCAGAUGUAUUUUAUGAUAUUACGAAAGCUGAUAACAAAUGUACUGCAUCACCAACAUGUUGCCAAUAUGGUUUUUUAACUGCAAAAGGUUUUGAUCCCGUUACCGGGCUUGGUUCAAUUAAUCAUCGACGAUUUAUCAAAAUCUUAACAGAUAAAAAUCUUAAAUUGUAA